AUUGUAGAGGAAAGAAAGAAGUCAGUUUUCUUAUUUUGAUUCCAUUUUCCAAUACACGUUUCUUUCCCUUCCUUUAGCUAAAACACCAGACACGAAAAUGGUGGACUUACAGAGCAACGUUUCACCUCCACCCUCAAACUCACUGCUCCUUCACCACUCUCUACAAUGCCUGUCCCGGCGAGAUUUCUUGGGCUGCCGUAACUACGCCGUCAAAGCCCAAGAGUCCGACCCAAACAUCAGAGCCGACGCUAGCCAAGUCCUUGCCGUCGCUGAUGUUCUCCACGCGUCGGAGCGUCGCCUCAAGAACAACCGUCUCGACUACUACUCCAUACUCCAAAUCAGUCGUACCGUGUCUAAUGAUCGCAGACUCAUUUGGGAUCAGUUUUCGAAGCUCGUGUCUCUCGUGAACCCCAAGAAUAACAAGUUCGCAUUUUCUACGGAGGCCUACGGUCUUCUUCUCGAAGCCUGGAGGUUGUUAUCGGACCCUAAGAAGAAGGCCCAGUACGACAUUGAGAUAGGGGACUUGCCGGAAGUAGCAGAAGAGGUUGGAGUUUCGGACCAUGGAAAUGGGUCUGGAGAGAAUAGUGAGACUUUCUGGACUGUGUGUCCUUUUUGUUACUGCAUGUUCGAGUACGAGAAGGUGUACGAAGGUUGCUGCCUCAGGUGUCAGAAUUGCAAGAGAGGGUUUCAUGGGGUGGCGAUCAGCCCUCCGUCGCCGGAGAUAAUGGUUCCGGGUGAGAGUCGAUACUAUUUCUGUUAUGGGGUUUUCUCAGUAAAGUAUUCGGAGGAAGAAAACAAUGCUAACGUAAACGACGUCAAGAAAAGAAAGUGUGGUUUGGAUGAUCAUGGGGUGGUGGACAUUUCUGAUGAUGAUGAAGGUUUGGCUUCUUUAAAUGAUGAUUCUAGUCACAGUGGAAACAACGGAAAGAGUAACGAUUCUUCCGUGGAUUCAAAAAAUGGUGAUGACCAAGAUUUCGUUGAUGACUUUUGGGAAGAGGUUUUGGAAACUGAGAAUUUGGGUAAGCAUGAAAGUGAGAUUGGGACAACAGAGGUGGGUGUUGGUCAAAACUUGCCGAAGAGGAUAGUCAAAGCUCGGGCAAGGAGGAGGAAGAAUAUUAAAUCUGUUGCCUUGAAAUCGAAUAAGAUGGCAGGGAAUCCGAUAAAGAGAGCUCAAACUACCGAGUUGGUGGGUGAUGAUGGUGACAUUGCUAUGGGAGUGGCAGGUUCAGAUGUCAAUGUAGAUAAGGGGAAAGGGAUUGUAAAUGGAGAAGAUGAAAAUGAGGUUAAUGCAUGGCAUGAAGAUGCUCAUUCUGGGGUAGUGUUUACUGAGGUAGAAGAUGAUGUUUUUGAUGGCUUGUUAUGUGACUGGUGAGAAAGGUUGUGUGACAAGGAGAUUAUAAUUUAGGGGGAGCAGAACUCACUCCAUUGACACAAUCUGGAAGAAAAUAAGAUGACAUUGCUAUUUACAGUCCUUAAUAGUCAAGACAAAAGGAGAAGCCACAGUACUACUUAUGGCAUGAAUUAGUUGUUGACAAUCUGAUUCAAUUAUGACACUGUCCCAUGCCUAUCUCUUGCAUCAGCUUAAAGCCUCCUUAAAACCAGCUGCCUCAGCUACAAUUGGUGUCACCUUUCCAAAGUAGCAGCCCUGUUUUGCUCUUAAGAAACUGCAUUAUGAUCCCUCCCAUCACCCAUACCCAAGUCUAUUCUCCUUAUCAAAGACUACUCCAUCUACAUUAACCUUGACCAGAUUAAACGGUGGCUUUGUCCAAUUCUCUUUUCCAUAACUCAGAUCACUCAAGACCGAUGAUGACACAAGCUCAUGCGAUUGAGACUCAACUAAAUCAGUUCGUUUCGAGCCCACCAGACUGCCCAACAAAUCAUAACUGAUGCUGCAAUAUGUUGUUUGCUGUUGUCGUUCCUUAGCAAUGUAUCCAUUCAGUGAGCAAUGCUCCAUGACUAUUUUCUUUUUAACUUUUUGGAGGUAUCUUAAGGUUCCAAAUUUUCUUCCAAAAUCCUGAGUUUGCAUCUGUAUUUGCCCGCCCCUUUCAAAUCCUGCAGAUACCCUCACUCCUUGACCAACCAAGAGGAAUUCUCAUUGGCAUUAAUUAUGUAGUAUUUGAUAUCUGUGCAUAUUUAGUAAAAAGAGAAAUAAAAAUGCUAAAUAUCUGUAUCGAUGACAAUUUAGUUGGUUGCUUUCAUGUUAUAUAACAGACACAAAUGUUAGUCUUUACACUUAUUAAGUCCUACUUAAUAUUUAUUUUUAUUUUUUUGCUGGAAUAAGUCCUACUUAUUUAGAUAGGCACAUAGUAUAUAAUAGGUUUUUUUUUCCCCCUUUCUUCUCUAAAGGACUACUAUCAAAUCUAUAAUGUUUUUUGGUCACUUUGUUUUC